GUCAAAUCUUAGAUAGAGCACCAGAUAGUUUUUUUCAAGAAGCGGAUGAACAUGAAGAUGAACGCACAACGAAGGAAAGAAAUUCCACUGAAUCCCCACUGCGAGUUGACGGUGGAAGACGAUGUAGUUUGAGAGAAAAUUUAGCACGAGAUUUGACGCUUUGGUGAGGGUAGAAAGGAGAUGCUCGUACGUGUUUAUUUCGCAAAUUUAGUCAUCUGCAAAACGGAUUCAAAACUAUACUCGCCGAAAAAGAGCUAGAGCAGCCCUCCCCGUGGUCCCCGUCAUUUCCUUACAGUCUCGUCUGACCGAUGAAAAAUUGGUAUGCAAGCAUGCAAAAGUGUGAGAAGGCGUCAAAAGGUGUACAAGUACAACGAUUUGAAAGCUACGAAGAAGAACAAGAAUAGUACAGUACCCAAAACGACCAUUGAUUGACAACCAACAUAUCCUUAUCCAGAAAGAAUCCCGAUCUUGAUCUUCAAUAUUAUGACGUGGUCAUCCUAGGAGUAUGAUCUUCAGUAACAUUAAAUCCAAAUGUUGACGAAACCCCGCGCCGCUAGAAUGCCUCGUUGUAGGCGGAGGCCGCUUUUGACUGUGGCUGCAGCGUCGCAAACGCUGCUGCUUGAGGAGUCAUGGCGAGGUGUGUUGGGAAGGAAAACACAUCGAGAACAAGGUGGAUCGCAAGGACCAACUUCGACGCUUAGUGCGGUAGAUGUGACGACUGGCACAGAGCAGCAGGCAGUGAAUGGUCCAGCACCUGCGGAAGCUGUUCCUCAGCAGGCGAGUGGUAGUGAUCAAGUAGCAAUGACGCAGGAGCCAGCCCCAGCAGCUCCAGAUCCAGUAUCUCCUUCUGAGCAGGUCCAGAUAUCAUUCUGCAUUUUUUAGAUCAGUACUGUCGACUACGACUACGAGCAAAGGGAAGAGAGGUUCACAUCAAAAAAAUCGAUUUCGACAGUCAUCUAGGUUAAAAUCUACUCCAUUUGAACGAAUUUGAUUAUUAAUUCCUUCAUCAUGAAAUCCAGGCUACGUCACAAGAUGCUCCGCCAGCGGAUCGACCGUCAUCCACACCUGGUUCGUCGGUGCCGGUGCCCUCGGGUGAGCAAGAUGCAACGCAACAACUGCUGGCCGGAGGGUCUACAGAGGGCUAUCCCGGUGCAGCUAUGCCAAGUGCGUCACAGGCGCCUGAUGUGCCGCUUCGCGGGGCAAUCGACAUAUCAGAACCAGAAACCAAAAAAGUAGCACCAGUUGAUGUUUCAGCAUCUCAAGCUGAAGGAACUGCCGCUGUCAGCAACGAUGAAAGUGAACCAACGGGGGCGGGGCUGAACGAUAUCGUUCAGCCUGUCGCUAUUCCUAACUUCCAAGAAGGCGACAUGGACACCAGCGGAAUGAACCCUGGGGGACAAAGACAGAAGCCCUCCGUGCAGGAACAACCGGAUGCUAUGGAUCAGCCCUCCGUGCAGGAACAACCGGAUGCUAUGGAUCAGCCCUCCGUGCAGGAACAACCGGAUGCUAUGGAUCAAUCUUCCAGCGAAUCCACUACCACGUCGAACAAUGAAGAGGCCACCGAUGCGGAGAGUGCAAAGACUAGUGACACAAGCAACAUAG